AUCCUCUCUUUCCCCCCAAAUCCCGUCUCCCUCCUUCCCGAAACCCUCGACGGCGAAGAAGCGAGUUGGCCCCGGCGGGAGCUGGCUGGAGAAGGCAUCGGCGGGAGCUCGCUGGAGUAGGAAUCGGCGGGAGUACCGGCGUGUGAGAUAAAAACGGUGUUCGUGAGACUUUGGGAUUUAAGUUGAAUCCGGGCAAUGCCAGGAUUUACUUGCAAAGCGGUGGAGCAACAGGAAAAGUUGUCAUUUUGAUUUUUUUGCAAGAUUUAGGCUAUAUUCUGUUCAAAUCCGGCUACAACGCAGUCUUUUGGCGCUCAUGGAUCCCCAAUUCUGUUUCGAGGGUGGAAGCUCGGACGAGGAACAGGAUAGAGAAGAAAAAAUUUGCCAAUCUCCUUGGGAGUUUGGAUCUUAUUCCGAGUCUGUUUAUGAUGAGCACGAGCGGCGGAGGACCACCUCGGUUGAUGCCAAGAUCUCAAAAGCUCUCCAAAUUCGCCCUGUAUCGCUUCCUAACAACGACGAAGAAGAAGACGAAGACCGAAGAGGCAACGAUAAUAAUGACAGCGAAGAGGAUGAGGAGGGCGACGAAGAUGAAGAACAGAAAGGAGAGGAAGAGCGGGAAGGGGUGGAAGAACGGGAAGGGGUGGAAGAACAGGAAGGAGAAAGUGACCACGAAGAAGAAGAAGAUGAUGACGUGGAGGAUGAAUCCCCUAAGCAGGAAGGUCUUGCAUCUGAAAACAAAUACGGUGAAAACUCUGUCGUUGCCUCCACUGAUUUUUUUGCAUCAGCUGAAGGAGCCUCGUUUCAUGCAAAUUCUUUUCUUGAGCUUAAUUUGUCACGCCCUCUACUUAAGGCAUGUGAAGCCUUGGGGUACCAUAAACCAACUCCAAUUCAGGCUGCAUGCAUCCCCUUAGCUUUAACUGGUCGUGACAUAUGUGGUAGUGCUUUAACUGGUUCUGGAAAGACAGCUGCCUUUGCCUUGCCUGUGUUGGAGCGUUUACUUUUCCGGCCAAAGCACAUUCAUGCAACCCGGGUUUUAAUUUUAACUCCUGCUCGGGAGCUCGCUGUUCAGGUUCAUAGUAUGAUAGAGAAGCUUUCUCAAUUCACUGAUAUAAGGUGCUGUCUUGUUGUUGGAGGGCUUUCAUCUAAGGUUCAAGAGGCUGCUCUAAGAUCUAUGCCUGACAUUGUUGUAGCAACUCCAGGGCGCAUUAUAGAUCAUUUGAGGAAUUCCCAGUCGGUUGGUCUAGAAGAUCUUGCCGUUCUAAUCCUUGAUGAGGCGGAUCGUCUUCUGGAACUAGGUUUUAGUGGUGAAAUUCAAGAAUUGAUUCGCUUAUGCCCGAAGAGGAGACAAACAAUGCUUUUUUCGGCUACUAUGACUGAAGAAGUUGAUCAACUUGUCAUUCUCUCACUUAAUAAGCCUGUGCGUUUACAGGCUGAUCCCUCAACAAAAAGACCAGCGACAUUGACAGAGGAAAUAGUUAGGAUAAGGCGAAUACGUGAAGCAAACCAGGAGGCUGUUCUACUUGCACUAUGUUCCAAGACCUUCACAGAGAAGGUGAUUGUUUUCAGUGGAACUAAGCAGGCAGCUCAUCGACUAAAGAUAAUAUUCGGGUUAGCUGGUUUGAAAGCUGCAGAGCUUCAUGGUAAUCUUACCCAAGUUCAGCGUCUUGAUGCUUUGGAGCUUUUUAGGAAGCAGCAAGUUGAUUUUCUUAUUGCAACUGAUGUUGCUGCUCGUGGACUGGACAUUGUUGGUGUUCAAACAGUUAUAAGUUUUGCAUGUCCACGUGAUAUCACAAGCUAUGUUCAUCGUGUUGGACGAACUGCGAGAGCCGGCAGGGAAGGAUAUGCUGUUACUUUUGUCACUGAUAAUGAUCGCUCACUCUUAAAGGCCAUUGCAAAAAGGGCAGGCUCAAAACUGAAAAGUCGAAUUGUUGCAGAUCAACCUAUUACUGAGUGGAGUCGUUUUAUUGAAGAAAAUGAAGAUCAAAUUUCUUCAAUUUUUCGGGAAGAGAGGGAGGAAAGAGCAUUGAGAAAAGUCGAAAUGGAAGCAACAAAGGUAGAGAACAUGAUCAAGCACAAGGAGGAUAUAUACUCACGCCCAAAAAAAACCUGGUUUGUUAAUGAGAAAGAGAAAAAACUCCUUGCAAAGGCUUCAAAAGAAUUUGUGAACAAAGGUCAAAAUGGCUCUCAUGGGGUGAUGAGUGCGCAGCAGGCAGAAGAAAUGAAAUUGAAAGAAAAAAGAAGAAGGGAACGUGAGAAAAAUCUGCCCCGUAAAAAACGCCGAAGAUUGGAAGCUACUAGGGAAAUGCUAGAAGAUGAAGAAUCCAAGAAUCCGGAACAGUUAGGUGGAAGUGGUAAGAAAGGGAAAACGGGACAGUCAGUAGUUGAACUAGCUUAUAGACGAGCUAAAUCAAUGAAAGCUGGUAAGGGCUUGAGAAAUUCUAAUAAGAGGACAAAAAAACCUGAACAAAAUCAGCACAGGAAAGAAGAGAUGCUUGAACUAUUCCAGAAUGAAAUCAGUGAAAGAAAGCCAACGCAUGGGAAAAGUCGUAAUGUUUCUGGAAGGACGAAACCCAAGAGCUCCUUCAAGAGCAAAUCGAGGUAUAAACGUAGAAAGUAGUCUUCUAAAGGACUUGCUGUGCAAGUUUAUGAGGGAUAGGUGCCUUGCAAAAAUGUCAGAAUUGAUUACAUUUGGAGCUGUAAGCUGUCCUAGGAAAUCUUCUCUAAUUUAGUAUAUUUUGUAAAUUUGCAGAAUACGGUUAACACAUUCUGCAUUGCAUAUGUAGAUUUCAUUUGUGAUAUUUUAGAUCUCUGUAUUGGAAAAAAAUUAUUUCAGUUCGGAUCCUGGACGGCGUCCGGAAACCAAUCAAAAUGUGACACUUUUUUUUUUUGCUCGGUA